AAAUUCCAUACGCGAGAAGUAGAUUCGUGCAUUAUAAAAUCCAUACACGUGGAAGAGGUUCAUAGAAGUUCUUUUUCAAAUUUCGACAACAGAACUUUGAUUUGCAUUACUGUUAAUAACUCGAAAUGUCUUUCAUUUCUGUGUCUCCUGAUUCUCAUUUUCCAAUUCAAAACUUGCCUUAUGGAGUAUUUUCUACAAAGAACGAUGUAAGUUUAACAAAAAACAUAUUGAAAUUCGACCAUAUUGUUUUGCAAUAAUCCAUCCACCUUUUGAAGAAUAAAGUGUACAAUUUGUACACUUUAGAACUUGUAAUUUUUGUUUUGUUUAUUGUAAUAUUGUAAAUCUUUGUUUCUUUGUUCUUUUUAUACAGACUACACAUCGCAUUGGCGUGGCAAUUGGCGACAAUGUGCUGGAUUUGAAAGCUAUAAAACAUCUUUUUAAUGGCCCGGUUAUGAAAACUCAACAAAAUGUUUUUGAUGAGGUUUGUAUAUGAUGUCGAACAUGUAAAUUUAAUAAGUUACAAACAAAUGUUUGUGGGUCAUUGACUUGAUAUGAAAGCCAUUUUGACAUUAUGGGAAGGUGGGGGUGUGGCUGGGGGAUGGUGGGGGGCAUGCCUGAAAGAAAGUGGGACAUGCUUGGUUUGAAAACAGUGGGUCCUACUUUCCCUAUACAAGCAUUUUACCACACCAUUGUGUGAGGAUUUCAUGAGCCCAAUGAUUUUCUAUAUAAAAUACACUUUUCAAAAGUAAUACAUAUAUUUGUCAUAUCCAAUUGAGUACCCGCCAUAAUUUUUAAGUUCAUAUGGUUGGUCAAAAUGGAAGAUAGUUGGUUACUUGUUGGUUUUUCAAAUUGUUUUUUUCACCUUGUAAAAACCACCUCAAUUUGACGGAGUCAAACCUUUCAAAAGUUUGCAAAAACCUGGUCAAAAUAUUAGCCCCCCCCCCAAUGCUAAUGACUUAACAACAUCCCUGUUAUGGUGCAUUGCAACUUACUGGGAUAUGGUUGCAAUCAGGGAUGGAUUUACUGGGGGGGGUGCGGGGGGUGCACACCCCCCCUAGCCCUGGCCAGGAGGGGUGCAGGGGGGGUGCUAUUUUUCAUGAUAAAGCAAAAAAUUAUCAGAGACAAAAUGAGAUUCAGUAAUUUGAGUAAUAACAUGAUGAUAAGCGAACUGUGAACAACAAUUACAAUUCAAAUACUGUAGCUAGACUUUGCAGUGGUUAAGCAAGUUGAUGGAUGUGUAAAGUCACUGGAAAGCAAUUGCAACGUACUCGUCCGGAAAAAAUUUUUCCCUAAAAAGUUGUCGAUGGGGGGGGGGAGGUUGUUGCUUUCCGAAUUUUUUUUUUGGCGGAGCACCCCCCCUACCAGACCAUGCUGGAUCCAUCCCUGGUUGCAAUGUCUGGAAAAAGCCAAAAGUCAAGUAAAAGCAGUCAAUUGUGUAAAGGAAAGUAAUUAAACAACAACUCAAAAACUCGAUCAUCACAUGUUUUCAUAUAAUUAUUGGAUAUAUUAUGUUUGUUAUAGGCGACAUUGAACAAGUUCAUGAGUCUUGGCCAUGAAGCAUGGCAUGAAACACGUCAAACAUUGCAGUCCAUUUUGUCAAAAGAUCAGGGCAUAUUAAGAGAUAGUGCUGAACUCCAAUCGAAAUGUCUCAUUCCACAAAAUGAAGUAACAAUGCAUCUUCCUGCCAAUAUAGGUACACAUUGGAGAUAUCUGUUUGAAAAAUAUAAAAUUGUCUUCAGUUGAUACUUGUUCUUGUUAUGGAUUUCAGUCAGCCUGAGGUCACUUUUCAAUCACGGUUUCCAAGUUUAUUGUCAAUAUUUUCAGUUAUGUUUUUAAAUUUGGAAUAUUGGGUGUGGAACUUGCAAAGCCAACUUCGCAAAUUGCUUACUAAAGCUCCAAAGUGCUGAACAAAAGUAGCAAAGUACUAAGCAUGAACUAGUAAUUUGCAGUGUUUAAAUAAUACAGCAGCUACUUAAAAAAAAUUCUUAAAAGCUUUAACCCAUUGAGUGGCAGCACUUGAUCUAUCUCCCCCUGACAAGUAAAAUCAUCUGGUGUUAGACAGAGUAAAGUAAUGGAAUAGGGCGCAUCUGGGUACAUUGCCACUUAAAGGAUUAACACAUAAUUUCACCAAAUGUGUUGGCCAUAUUAGUAAAACACUGCAAAUUACAAGUUCAGGACAUGUUCAGGACUUCAGUAGUUUUGUUCUAUUUAUGUUUUUUUGCAGGUGACUAUACUGACUUCUAUUCUUCUCGGGAACAUGCAACCAAUAUUGGUACUUUGUUCAGAGGAAAGGAGAAUGCUCUUCUUCCUAACUGGUAA